CUCUAUCGGCGGCGCCAUAGUGGUGAUAAACGACAGGGACACAGAAACAGCUGAUUAGCUUGCUAGCUGUUAGGUGAUGUCUUACUAUGGUCGUGAAUUUGCCUAAAUUAUUAGAUAGUCGUAAUUCAGCUGCCUUUUUAUUUUGCCCAACAUACGCCAUUUCGGGACGAUUUGUGUUUUGCCAUUUUAGGCCAAGCGGAACCAGAAGGAGCUAACGUUACUGUAGCCAGCUCGUAAACAUUGGAUACAAAACAACACUAAAAAACCUGAUUUAACAUCGAGCUGAAUAAUGGAUCAAAAUUACACCCUGUAUCCUGUUAAACUGUACGUUUACGACCUGUCUAACGGAAUGGCUCGCCAGCUGAGCCACCUCAUGCUAGGGAAACAGCUUGAUGGAAUAUGGCACACUGCUAUUGUUGUCCAUGGAGAGGAGUUCUUCUAUGGGGGAGAGGGCAUCGCAAACUGCCCACCUGGUGGGACGUCCCUGGGGGAACCCAACUCCAUAAUAGACCUGGGCAUCACAGAAGUGACUGAGGAAAUCUUUAUGGAGUACCUGUCUUCACUGGGAGAGUCCACGUACAGGGGGAACCAGUACCAUCUGUUUGAGUGGAACUGUAACACGUUCAGUAACGAAGUGGCCCAGUUCCUCACCGGCAGCAAGAUCCCUGCCCACAUCACAGACCUGCCGGCUGAAGUGCUGUCCACACCUUUCGGCCAGGCACUACGCCCGCUUCUGGACUCCAUCAAUAUUGCACCACAAGGGGGCAACACCUUCAAUGGACAUUAUGGCCAGAGAUAGACCGAUAACACAGGUGCACAGAGUAAUAUAUUAAACGAUCAGUCAGUCUGUGUGGGGGGGUGGGAGAUCUGCAGCUCUGGACCUUUGUAAGUUCCUUACUGAUGUACAGUAGUCAGUCAGUGGGCCAGGCAGCAACCUAACCCAACCUGACCUCUUUAAUACCUUAAAGGCCCAGUGCAGUAGGAGCUGUUUGAAAAGACCGCUGGAAAUUUCAGCGUAUUUUGGUGAGAUGGCGUUUUGGCCUUUCAUGUUGACAUCACCACGUGGUAAAUUAGUUAAUAGACCAAUAAGAAAGAGUUCCAAAACUCUCUGCCAAUAUCAGCACAUUUUCAGUUUUCCCCUCCCCACUCAGACCACUCCCAGACAGUCCUAGCAAAAUUAUUUAUUGAAAAAUUCUCUUUGCUAAGAAAUUCUCUUUACUAUUUUUUGACUCAUUUAAAAUAAUCACACUAAGGUACUUAAUUGUUCCCCAGAAAUGAUUUGAUAUUGAGAUAAAAACAGCUGCAUCUGACCUUUUACCCCAGACCAGCCUGACACUCCCCAGACUUAACAUGAUCCUGCCUAACUUACCCCUUUUCCACUAUAAACUUAAGUAAGUGUAUGAUAAGAUAGAUAUUUCUUCUACUCUCCAUAGGAGCCCAUGAUCAGCUGAAUGUAAAACUAAGGAGCUGCAAGGUUUCUAUCUAAAGCCAGAGCUGCAGCUCUUUCCUGCACAGGGGUGGAUAGGGUGUCCUUUUACCUUCCUGUUAUAAGUAAUUAAGUAAGCUAUUUUAGUGUUUUCAUUGUUCUUUUUUAAUUACCAUGACAUGACUGCAUUGACACUCCAGAGAGGUAGAGAGAAGGGAUAGAGAAGAUGAAAAGAGAAACAAACCACGUUUGAGAUUUUAGCUGGAGACGUGAUACAAACUACAAAUUCUGACUUGCACUUGUCUUGAUAUUGUGAACUUGCGUAUUCACUUAUCUUCGUAUCAACUUCCAACUGUCUGGUGUUAAGGUUUAUCCCUUGAAAACAUUGUUACACACAAGCACACACACACUCAAGAUCAUCAAGCUAUGACCUCGUGUGACCUGUACAGACGUGCUGAAAUUUGUUGGUACCCCUCCACAAAUGCACAAUUUUCUCUGAAAUAACUUAACUGACAAAAGUAAUUGGCAUCCACUGUUGCUUAUUCCAUAUUUAAUAGAAAUCAGACUUUGCUUUAGAUUUUUUAUUAAACAUAAUAUUUUAAAUAAUAAAACAAAUGAAAAUAGUAUCGACAAAAAUGAUGGGACCCUUAACCUAACAUUUUGUUGCACAACCUUUAGAGGCAAUCACUGCAAUCAAAUGUUUUCUGUAGCUCUCAAUGAGACUUCUGCACCUGUUAACAGGUAGUUUGGCCCAUUCUUCCUGAGCCAACUGCUCCAGCUGUCUCAGGUUUGAUGGGUGCCUUCUCCAGACUGUAAGUCUCAGCUCUUUCCAUAGUUGUUCGAUAGUAUUCCGAUCAGGACUCAUAGAAGAUCACUUCAGAAUAGUCCAAUGUUUUGUUCUUAUCCAUUCUUAGGUGCGUUUAGCUGUGUGUUUUGGGUCAUUAUCCUGUUGGAGGACCUAUGACCUGAGACAGAGCUUUCUGACACUGGGCAGUAUGUUUCGCUCCAGAAUGCCUUGAUAGUCUUGAUUUCAUUGUGCCCUGCACAGAUUCAAGGCACCCUGUGCCAGGCGCAGCAAAGAAGCCCCAGAACAUAACCGAGCCUCCUCCAUGUUUCACUGUAGGUAUGUUGUUAUUUUCUUUGAAAGCUUCAUGUUUUCGUCUGUGAACAUAGAGCUGAUGUGACUUGGCAAAAAGCUCCAGUUUUGGAGGACAUUCUCUCAGGAUUGUGGCUUGUCAUUAUGCAUUUUAGAAAAUUCCAGUCUGCCGUUUUUUGUGUUUUUCUUUCAAAAGUGGAGUCCUCCUGGGUCUACUUCCAUGGAGCCCAUUUUCUCUCAAAAAGCGACAGAUGGUGCGAUCAGAAACUGACGUACCGUCACCUUGGAGUUCAGCUUGUAUCUCUUUGGGAGUUAUUCUUGGUUCUUUUUCUACCAUUCGCACUCUCCUUCUGUUCAAUCUGGGGUCGAUUGUCCUCUUCUGGACGUGCCCAGUGAGUUUGGCUACAGAUCCAUGGACCUUAAACUUAAUAAUAUUUGCGACUGUUGUCACAGGAACAUCAAGCUGCUUGGAUAUGGUCUUGUAGCCUUUACCUUUACCAUGCUUGUCUAUUAUUUUCUUUCUGGUCUCAUCAGACAAAUCUCUCCUUUGCUUUACUCUGGUCCAUGUUCAGUGUGGUGACCACAAUGAUACCAAACAGCACAGUGACUACUUUGCUCUUGUCCAUGUUCAGUGUGGUGACCACAAUGAUACCAAACAGCACAGUGACUACUUUACUC